AAGAAAAAAGAAAACAAUCGAUGCUGCUUAGCUAUGUCUUGUACAGCAAGAUAAAGAAAUGAAGCGACCAGGUUCUAGCUGUGUCCUGAGAGUAAAGGCGGAAUUAUUAUUGAAGUGAGAUGAACAUAAUUUUAAAAGUGCUUUUGGGGGAGCUGUUUGCUUUUUGUUUUUGCUUUUGUUUUUUGUUUUUUUUUAUUUUAUGCAUUUGUGUAUUUAUGUAUUUAUUUAUUUUUUGCUUUUUUUUUUUUUGAGAAAGGGUUUCUCUGUUUAUCUUUGGCUGCCUUGAUGUCCUGGAACUCACUUUGCAGACCAGGCUACCCUCAAACUCAGAGAUCUACUUGCCUCUUCUUCCCAAGUGCUGGGAUUAAAGGCAGGAACCACCACUGUCUGACUAAAAGUGCAUAAUUUUAAAGCCUAUGAUUCAGUGGGAUCUAUACAUCCACAAAAAGUUGCAGUUACCUCCUUGCUUUCCUUGGCAUUAGAUUUGUGCAGCUUAAACAAAUACCUUAAAUUAUGCCCACAAAUAUAACUCAAAAUCUUAUGCAAGAGUGGGUUUUUUAUGUAUAAGCAGACCCCCCUUUUCAGCCCAUCAGAUCUGAGGGGUAUAUGUAUGUGUGUGUGUGCAUGUGUCACUGUGUGUGAUGUGUAUAUUGAGUGUAUGUAUGAGGGUGUGGUGUAUAGUGUGUAGUUGAGCAUAUAUCAAUGUAGUAUAUGUAUGUGUAUGCAUACCUGUGUAGUAUGUGUAAUAUGUGGUAUAUAUGUGAUUAGGUGUGGAUAAAUAUGUAGUGUGUGUGUGUCUGUGUGUGUGUGUCUCUCUGUGUGUGUGUGUGUGUGUGUGUGUGUGUGUGUGUGUGUGUGUGUGUGUGUGUUAUGACAUGUGGCAAUCCGAAGACAGCUUGUAGGAGUUGGUUCUCACCCUCCCUAGGUGGGAUCCAAGGACGAAACUCAGGUAAGGCUUGGUGGAAAGUGCCUUUGCCUAUCAAGCCACCUCGCCAGCCCCACGGUCCUCAUUUUUAAAUGUUGGAAACAUGUUCUACCAUGUUGCCAACAGAGCAGAAGCCAAGUAACACACCCAUCCUGCAGGUGGCCAGUUUCCUAGGGCAUCAUCAAACAAAUGCUCUCACUUAGGCCAUCAGUAUGCUGUAGGCUCUGAGUCUCACGUGCAAGCCCACCUGCUGGCCUGUGCACACGCUGUGAAGAUGUUUCCACCCUCUCAGACUCUACACAGUCUUAAAGUCCUGCAGAAGACCAUCCUGAAGCGAUGUUAGAGUUCUGAAAGAGCGUUGUCCAGCACAGCUCCCAUCCCUGGGAUCAACUAUAACCUCGAGAUCCAGUCCACAUGACUUAAGGGACUGAGUUUUAAAUUGUAUUUAAUCACAGUUAAUUUAUACUUGAGUUUAGAUGGCUAGCCGCGCACAGCCACUCAUCAUCAAGCCUUGCCUGGAGGUCCAUGUGUAAUUCUCACCCCUGCAGAGACCCAGCUUGGAGUCACUGACUUGUUGAACAAAACCAAGAUGCCCUUUUGAUGAACCAGUAGGUAAGGAGAAAAGAGAGCAACAAGGGUGGGGCUGUGACAAAAUUUCAUGUCUGAAUAUAUGAAAUUUAAUAUUCAGGUUUAUACAGCCUUAAAUAAAGUAUGCCCGGUCCCAUCUCCAGCCGAUAAAUGCAUUCCUUUGAAUGCUAGGAGGCCUGGGAGGCCAGUGCAUAUUUAGUAUUCCUAGACUACGAGAGUUCUACCUCAGAACACGGUACUCUGAGGGCGCCUGUCUCCUGACCACACACAUGCACCUUGUCCUUGCACUAGCCUGGAAAGGGAGAACUGAACAGAGCUGGAGCUCGGGGACCUUCUAAGGGCAGCCCCCGCACCUCUUAUGCUGUGACUUUUCUGCCCUGUGGAUGUAGUGGUGGCAUUGAUGUGAACACAUGACAUAAAGUUAUAAGGAACUGCCACCGGAUAUGAGCUCAUCUACUGAUCUGAGGACCAAGCUCCACAUGGGGACAACCACUAUGGUCUGAUUGGUGCCAUUUGGAAUUCUACGUGAGCGCUCACUGCAUCGCCUGCAAAUUAAGAGAUAAUCUUUGUGUGUGUAUGUGUUUUGGGUUUUUUGUUUGUUUGUUUGCUUUCUAAAUGAGCACGUGUCGAGUUCUUCUGAGGCAAAUCACAAGCAGGACUUGGCUGCUGCUUAGAAUGCAAUGAAAGAGCUGAAGCAAGGGACAGAUACCAACGUGACUUUGACCAAAGGUCAAUGAGCCUCAUUAAACUGCUCAUUCACCAUCACUGAAGGUCCUCAGAGUGUGCCGUGGAAGGCUUUGUGUACUCGGAUUAAUCAUUUAUGCCCAAGGAAUCAGGGAAUGGAAGAUAAGUUACAGUCUGCUUUUAAUCCAUGUUAAAGAAAAAACAAUCCAGUCCAACGAAUUCCAUAGGAUUACAGUCAUUAGUUUAAGAAAAUCAAGCAUAAAGUGUAUCUGGAUUAUUAUUUAAAUAAAAUCUUUCAAGUGAUUUGUGCAUUCUGGUGUAAAAGUAGAUAGAAGAGGAUUAACAGUAGUCACACUUUUUGCACCCGUGAGCGUAUCGGUCGGAGGACAAUUAAUGAAGCUUUAUGUUUUGUCUGAGCUAAGGCCUCAUGGAGCCCGGGCUAGCCUCAAACUUACUAUGCAGCCAAGGCUGGUAUCGAACUCUUGAUCUUACUGCUCCUGCCUCCCAAGUGCUGGGAUUGCAAACAUGUGGCAUCACACCUAGCUCUGAAGUGUGUCUUCAUCCACAGAUGCAUCACUGUUGUUGCUGUUUUGACUGUAGGCAUUCAUGCCAGGGUUGCCACUGGUAGUAAAAAGCAGUCUGUUACUGGACAUGAGACCCUUACAUGUUGCAGCUCCCUCUUGUGGAGGAAAGGGCCAGGUACAGAGUAGAUUGGUUCUGGGUGCAACUGAAAAGUGACUGCUGGGACUAGGGUGGCCUCAGAGACUGUCCAUGUGUAAUGCACAUUGUUCUCUGAACACGAGACUCCUUGUUUUCUGGAGGACUCAGUACCCACAGCACGGUGACACAUGACUGCAACUGCCUUGCCAGCUGUUUGCACUGCUGCCUUAGCUUCUUCGCUACUGUGCUUGGAUCAGAAGCCAUCCUGUUUAAUUUUGUAUCUCAGAAAUGAUAAACUAAUUCAUGCUAAUGUGAAUAUUUUCCUGAAAUGCUGUAAUAUAAACCACAUCACUCUGUUUAUACAUGGGAAUGCUGGCAACCGUCUGGUGGUUUUAGGAAGUGAUUCUUCCUCCUCUUCUUCCUCCUCUUCCUCCUCCUCCUCUUCUUCUUCCUCCUCCUCCUCCUCUUCCUCCUUCUCCUCUUUCUUCCCCCAGCUGUGACCUAUUUGGUCUCUGUCAACACCUAUCAGAUCCAUUGAAAAAGAAACCUUAGAAAUAGUACUAGAACUGAGAGGCACCCCUCGGUGCUCCAUGCCUCUCCAUGUUCUAUGAUUCCUAGACUCAUCUGACUUGAGAGUCCAUUUGAAGGCACUGUCCUUCCUGUGAGAUAACUCUAGUCACAUGAAGGCUCUCUAGCCAGACACCUUGGGGUGUCUCUAUUGCUGGAAAUGGGAAGAAAUGCAUGAGUCUAAAUAUAUCCAAUGCCAUAGAACAACACUGGGGCAAGACGGGAUGAUGGGAUUGGGGAUUGAAACUUGAGACGAGAGGCCAGCCAGGAAAGAGAGACAGUCCAGCCUCUCUCUGGUCUCUUCUGGGGAGCAGAGGGCAUGGAUGUUAGGUUGUUGGUUGGGAAUAACAGGAAGUUUCUGUUCUUCACUUCCUCUACACUCUUGUCCAUGGGAGAGCUCUGGUUUGAGUGAGUGUCACCAUAGCCAUAGAAGAGUCUAAAGUUGAGACUGUGUGUUACAGUAUGCAGUAUAUUUUUCCCCAAUACAUAUUGAAUACUCUAAGAUAUUGAAUUGGUAGAUUAUGAGUAUUGCAUAGAGGGGGGUAAUAAUUUUCUUGCAAAACUACUCAAAUACACUUUAAAUACCUAUUAAAGGUAUCAUAAAGUUCUCAUUAUAAAGAAAGAACGUGACCAUAAGGAAACACUAAGUGAAAUAGAUGCUACUAAUACACGUUUUGUCUUCGUUCGGAUGCCAGGUGCCGCCAAUUAAGUGAAUCACAAGCCAUGGGCAGGAAUUGCUCACAGUGCUGGAAGCUUGGCAGUUCAAGAUGAUGGCCUGGCAGCUUAGGCUUCUACGGGAAAACUUGGUCUUUACUUCUUAGAGGCACCUUCUCACCUUUUAAGAAGUUCGAGUGCUCAUGGCCAGAGGAGCAAGCAGACUCCCUUGGAUCUCUUUUAUAAAGGCACUUGACCUUGUCACCUCCCAAAGGUCCCACCUCCUCUGAAUACCCUCCAAGUGGAGUGUUGAGGAGAAAAGCAGACCACGGUACCCUGUGUAGGAUGUCCAUUCCUCGCACCCUUGACAUUCCCAGCAGCCUUCCCUUUAACACUGUUUAUCUCAAGCACUUCAUUAUUGCAAGUGGAUGGUCCACCUGUUAAAAUGUGUGGAACAGUGUGGUCUCAGGGCUGCAGGGAAAAGACUGGCCUCUUGGGUAUCCACAUUCAUUUUAAUGAAAACAUACAAACUUCCGAUUUAUAGAAAAGUUCACAUUUUUUUUCCUACUUCUCUCUGCAAACAUUUAAAUUUUUUCUUACUGUUAAUGUCUGGGGCUCAGAUAGUGAAAUGACUCAACAUGAUCUAACCAAAUCAUGUGCAAGAAGCCUAAAACUUUUAAAGAACACAUCUUUAAAAAAAAAAAUCAGUAAAAAUCCUAUUUCUCUUUUUUUAAUAAAAAGCAAAUGAUUACAUGGAAAUCCUUUUCCAUCAUGUCUUACUGGGGGGAAAAAACCUCUUUCUUAGGAAAAAAAAAGUGCCAAUACACUGUAUGAACAUUUCUUAGUUAUGCAUGCAGAGCACUGAUUCUAAAUCAAUUCAUGUUUGUGUGAGGCUCUGACAAAGCCAUAGGGACAGCACACACUGAGAAUUAAUGCAGUUCUGUCUUCAGUCUGUCAUUUGGUCCCUGGGGAGGGGGAAGGGAGAUGGCAAAGACUGUGCAGAUUGAGUAUUAAUGUCUUUGUGAACAAUUGUUCAAAACCACCUCUGGUGGAGAGCAGCAGGUUGUUGCCAAGCAAGCCAUGCUUUGCCUGUUCUCAUCUCAUGGAGACUCUUGGACCCAGAGCUCUGAAAUCUCUCCACCCAACUCGCUAAGUUCCCUUGGCAGGUCUCUGCCACACCAGCCCCACACAUCCAAAUUCACACGGCUAGCUGGGGUGCCCUUUUCACAAACCCACUCUCUGCUGCCAAACCUUUCUCUCUGGAACUUAGCAGAGUCACCAUAUGAAGGAAAACACCACACAAACUUAGUUUAGAAUCAACAGGUAACACAAUCGCUGGGCGCAGAAACUAGCAUCCUAAUUUGUAAGCCGUUCUAAGUUAAAUCCUCCAAUGGCGAACCUGGUGGAUCCAUCCUCUAAACUGAGGGCCUCUUGUUUGUUUCACGUUGUCCUCCAAGCUCCCGUACCCAAAUCCUAGUCACCUUUUCCUGCCUCUUCUCUUCCCCUCUCUGACCCGGAAGUCCCACCUACUCCUCACUCAGUGAUUGGUCCCCUGAAAUCUUUAUUCAUUGGGUAAGGUCCUGCCACACCAGGUAGCAAAGCCAGGUUGCAAAAUUGAGCGCGGUAUUUCAAGGGGGCUGUGAAGAGUUCUUUGCAACUAAAUAUAAGGAACGGGUAGGGGUGUGAUAGGAGAAGUUUCGAGGAAUGCCUUUGUGUAGAAUCCUAAACAGCACGGAGAAUAAUUGUGACGCGUGUUAAUUACCGGGAAGGAUUAACUUUGAGAAUUUUAAACAGAGUCCAGGGUGCAGGAUAGCAUACGUGAUAAGCACGUAGGAGGCCGCUCCAGCACAACAAACCUAACGUGUGAUUAAAUGUAUGAUCGGUAGACCUGCGCUUCUCACAUUGGUGGGAGAGGUUGUCAUGAUUGAAGCUAUCAGCGGCAUCUUCCUGAAGAUGGAAAGAAUAUUGCUGCCCUUGACUAACCAAGGGAAGAAAAGACAGUGUUUCCCUAAUGGUAUGUUCCGUUGUUUGAAAGAACAAAGGUUAGUGGGAAAGGGCAAAUAAGGAAGAGUCGAGGCCGUGUGCCCAUGUGUCCUCAAAGAGGGGAUUAAGCUAUAUCCCAAAGUAGGCACUGUGGGUCAUCCCAGCUUGGGAAUAAGUACCUGACUUUCUAGAACUUCAGAGCGACACUUUGCAGGUGUUAUGAGCACCCAGGAUGUGUCUAGAAUACAAUCACCAAGCUUCAUCUUGUCCAGACAGUAUCUUCUCUGGGUACCAUAUUUGCUCUCCCGGCCAGCUUCUCUGUUCUGAAUGAAUGGCUGCCCCACAAGGAGCAGAGAUCUGAGGGAUUGUCCCGGAGUAUUGAGUUAGCUAUGUCUAAAUGCUAUCCAGGCUGAUAAAUGCCACAGUCUUCUACCAGCUCAGCUUCCUUGCAUGAAUUUCAGUCCUUAGCUUCAUCAGUUCUGAGACAAGAGCUUAAGUGUGCUGGAACUUUCGCCUGCUCUUUCGAGCUCUAACUAGAACCCUGUCUACUACCUUUGUGCACCCGUGUGGUGUAUGUGUGGUUGUAGGUGAACUCACUCAUGCAGGUGCAUGUAGAAGUCAGACUUUGCUUCCUCAACCACUUCUUUACUCUGUGUGUUUGACACACGGCUAGACUGUGUGACCAGCUGGCUCCUGAGUUCCCCCUGACUCUACUUCUCACUUCUGGUAUAUAUAUAUACAGGUUACCGUGUCUGGAUUUUUUUUUAUGUGGGUGUUGGAUUUGAACUCAGGUCCUUCUUCUUGCAUAGGAAGCACCUUAUGCACUGACAAAUAUUACUUCUUUGGAAAGUGAGAAAGCAGUUAGCGAAGGAAUUCAGUGUAGGCUGAGUAUUCCUCGAGUAAAUAGUUAUAAUGACCUGGAUUCUGUGCCGGGACCGAUGAACGUGGUUAGCCGCCCUGCUAGAACUUACAAGAGGGGGAGGCAGGCGAGUGAUUCGAGCAUCAGCCCUGCGUUUUUACUUACACAUACCGCUACUCGUGAGCUGAACUUUGGGUGGGGAGCUGUCAUCGCGUAGUGAUUGAACCCUUAGUAGUAGUAGUAGUAUAGUGUAGAAGCGAUAAAACACAGUCGACACAUAGGAAAAAGAAAGAGCCCAUUAGCUUGUUAUGAUACGGUAGGCUAGAGGAAUGCCUUUUAGGAAAGAAAGCCUCACGUUUCAAGAAGUUCAAAUUUAUUCUGGAAGAUAGGCGGUCCCCAUGGAGAACUUUUCUUCCCACCUGUCCAGAUCCGGCAGCCUCACAGAAUGAAUUAGUCUGGUUUUUGCAUAAACUCCAGAGGCUGUAGCCACAGGAAUGCUCUGCAGCCGGUUCCUCUGCUCUCUAUCUAGGUAGGCUACUCCUUUUCUCCAGUUAGGCAGCAGUCGUGGGUUUUUUUUUGUUUUUUGUUUUUUGUUUUUGUUUUUGUUUUUUUGUUUUUUUUGCUCAGGUUGGUGGCGUGUGGCCAUCUACACACUGAGUGCCUGCAUCUUCCAUCUCCUGGGUCAGUGCAAGCCUGUGCCCGUAAUUUCACUCCAGGAAGCUGCACGGCUGUUCUCAACUGAAGAGGAAAAGCCACAGAAAUGUGACUGAGCUCGGCAGCCCUCCGUGUUUGCUAAAAUGCUAAAUGAGGGGCCCGUGGUUCUCGGAGCAUAUUCAGUGAGAACUGCUGGGUGCACGAGCUGCAGCCCUCUCCCUUCACGCUCGGGCUGGCUGAUUGCCAGGGCAUCCAGGCCAGCAGUUGAGGGGCUGAAAUAUAAUCGGUGGUGAUACAUUUGCACCACCACAUGAGACCCGCUCUGCCUCGGAAGGCUCCAGUGGCCGUGGGAAAAGCAGCAACCGGGGCAGCUAGACUCUGCAAAGCAGGAGGAUCUCAUCGAAAUGUCCCAGCAGAAGUGCAUUGUGAUCUUCGCUCUGGUCUGCUGCUUCGCCGUUCUGGUCGCACUGAUCUUUUCAGCUGUGGACAUCAUGGGAGAGGAUGAGGAUGGACUCUCGGAGAAGAAUUGCCAAAAUAAAUGUCGAAUCGCUCUUGUGGAAAACAUUCCUGAAGGCCUUAACUACUCUGAGGAUGCCCCAUUUCACUUACCGCUCUUCCAAGGCUGGAUGAACUUACUCAACAUGGCCAAAAAGUCUGUCGACAUAGUGUCUUCCCAUUGGGACCUCAACCACACCCACCCAUCUGCAUGUCAGGGUCAACGUCUCUUUGAGAAAUUGCUCCAGCUGACGUCGCAAAAUAUUGAAGUCAAGCUGGUGAGCGAUGUGACUGCAGAUUCAAAGGUAUUAGAAGCCUUGAAGUUAAAGGGCGCUGAGGUGACAUACAUGAACAUGACCGCCUACAACAAGGGCCGGCUGCAGUCGUCCUUCUGGAUUGUGGACAAACAGCACGUGUACAUCGGCAGCGCAGGCUUAGACUGGCGAUCGCUUGGACAGAUGAAAGAACUCGGUGUCAUCUUCUACAACUGCAGCUGCCUGGUCCUAGAUUUACAGAGGAUAUUCGCUUUAUAUAGCUCAUUAAAAUUCAAGAGCAGAGUACCUCAGACCUGGUCCAAGAGACUCUAUGGAGUCUAUGACAAUGAAAAGAAGCUUCAGCUCCAAUUGAACGAAACCAAGUCGCAGGCCUUUGUGUCGAACUCUCCCAAACUCUUUUGCCCUAAAAACAGAAGCUUUGACAUUGAUGCCAUCUACAGCGUGAUUGAUGAUGCCAAACAGUAUGUGUACAUUGCUGUCACGGACUACCUGCCUAUUUCCAGCACGAGCACCAAAAGGACUUACUGGCCAGAUUUAGAUGGGAAAAUAAGAGAAGCAUUAGUUUUACGAAGCGUUAAAGUCCGGCUGCUCAUAAGCUUUUGGAAGGAGACUGAUCCCCUCACGUUUAACUUCAUUUCGUCUCUUAAGGCUAUUUGCACUGAAAUAGCCAACUGCAGUUUGAAAGUUAAAUUUUUUGAUCUGGAAAGAGAGAACGCUUGUGCAACAAAAGAACAAAAGAACCAGACCUUUCCCAAAUUAAACCGCAACAAGUACAUGGUGACAGAUGGUGCAGCUUACAUUGGAAAUUUUGACUGGGUGGGGAAUGACUUUACCCAGAAUGCUGGCACGGGCCUUGUCAUCAACCAGGCAGAUGUGAGAGACAACAGGAGCAUCAUUAAGCAACUUAAAGACGUGUUUGAGAGGGACUGGUAUUCACCUUAUGCCAAAUCUAUACAGCCAACCAAACAGCCGAACUGUUCAAACCUGUCCAAACUCAAGACUCCCUCCAACCAACCUGCUAUUUACAACACCACAGGGAGGGAGCCCCUGAGUGUAUAGCUCACUAAGAGACAAGCAAGGCUUCAGACCAAAUGCAGGAAGGACUAGAGGAAAGACAACGAUUUGUUACAUCUUUUUUUUAAAAGGGGAAAUUAAAAAGCACACUUAUUAAAAAUGUUCUCUGAAUGACAUGUAAUAUCUAGCUACCAACAUCUUAGCACUGUAUAUUAAAUUUAAGACUUUUGUAUCUAUGAGCUCUGACAGAGAAUGUUGUUCUGGCGUAGGAGUUAGUUUCUAACGACUGCAAACACAUUUUACCACUUGGUUCUUGUCUCCUGAUUCUUACGGUUUUAGAACCUUUUCUGCUGACCCACCUGCACUGAUUUUAAGAAGCAUAGCAUGAGGUGAGCUCUUUCCUUUAAUAGUGCUGACCUCUGGGAUUAGAGGAAAGGAGGAGAAGACAUAGACAGAACCAAGCACCUGCCUUGAUACAUCAUCUCUGAGACCUAUCCAGGCAGCUGAGCACAGGCGUCCUCAUUUCACACCCGCCUUCAAGACUCCUGAAAAACACUCCUUUUUGUCCCCUUGUUCCUUGUCUUCUGAUGCCAGGCUGUUUUGGGUAUCAGUGCUAGUUAGUUCAAAGAGUGUGAAUGUCUGGGGGAACGAUAUAUGAAUUCCCCAGAAUAUAUACAAAAUGGAAAUCAGUCUUUCACUUUCUCCUUUCAAUUACGUUUCUCCCAUCCCAAAUUGGUUACUUUUAAAACACACACACACACACACACACACACACACACAACAUAUAACACACACACAAACACACACACACAACAUAUAACACACACAACAUACAACACACACACAAACACACACACAACAUAUAACACACACAACAUUCAACACACACACGCACACACAAACACACACACACAAACACACACACACAACAUAUAACACACACACAAACACACACACAACAUAUAACACACACAACAUACAACACACACACAAACACACACACAACAUAUAACACACACAACAUUCAACACACACACGCACACACAAACACACACAAACACACACAACAUAUAACACACACAACAUACAACACACACAAACACAAACACACAACAUAUAACACACACACAACAUACAACACACACAACAUAUAACACACACAACAUACAACACACACAAACACAAACACACAACAUAUAACACACACACACACACACACACACACACACACACACACAUAUCCUUUCCUCAAGCUCGGAAAAAUGAAGUGUCCCUGCUAGUACCCGGCAAGCCAUUAAGUCUGCAUUUGGAGAGCAGUCUCACAUUUGUGUUUGGUUAAUAAUAUUAUAAUGGAAAGGUCCAUGCGUCGGUGGAUUUUAAUUUAUUUAGAAUUAUUAUGCUGUUAAGAGUAUGCCAGCAAAUGUUUAUAAUAGAGCUAUUUAAUAUACCUUCUGCUAUUUAAUAUACCAAAUGCUUUUCAGACAAAUGCAAUUUAAAUACUGUGCUUAACAUAUUUUACUAAGAAACAGAAAAUAUUGGAUUCUUGUUCUAUAAUGUCAUUGUGUGUUGUUGUUUUAUAUCUAUAUAAUAUAUAAUCCUGUAUUAACGGAGACUGUUGCUACAUGAGAGGUGUGACCUCUUCAGGGCCCAGAGCAAAUGGCCAAGAAGCCUACACCCAGUAUGGCUCCUGACUCCAUGCUCUGAACAGAGCCCUUCCCUCUUUGGCCUCGGGUUUCUAUUGUUAAUGUAGACAAUAAAUACUCACCUACCUCGCGAGGAUGCUGUCAUGGUAGGCGAUAUUUCUAAGUUGUUUUUGAAAUCAAAAGAACCUAUAUAAAUGCUAAGCAUUACGUUGCAUAAUCUUUUUCUUGAAAUAAUCUCUGUGGUAGAACCAAUACCAGGCCCUCCCCGCAGGGAUCCAGAGGGAAAAAUAAAGCCCCUUCUAUUUGCAAACA